GAUAAAUAUUUCUAACAAUAGCUCACCAAGCAGACAGUUAACCACACCAGUGAUCCGAGGUUUGGCAGUACAUAAUCUGCACGCAACUACCUGCGGAAAACCGUAAAAAAUUGGUGUAAAACUGAAGAUGAGCUGAUGUGCGAUUGGUCCAAAGAGAGUCAUUGUUCAGGGCAGAGUAUCAUGUAGCGUUCACCCUAACCGCGUACACUAAACUUGUCAUGAGUGUCUCGAAAACGCUCCUCCAACGUUCGACACUGUGAAUCACGUCUAUGCUGUUGUGCUUCGUGGAAACAUAAAUUAGAUUGAGACAACAAACUUCACCGUGUGAUUAUAUUUUUGUUUCUGCAUAUCGUUCCUACAGUGCGCGAGUGUUAUUUGCCUCAAGUUUCAUGACAAAGUUUAGCAUGUGCCACGUGAUGAUUCGGUGUACACGGACGGGAUGAUUUGCUUCAUGACAAGAUUCGUGAGAUGAUUUAUUUGAAAUGUAGUAUCAGUUUAUGCAACAUCGGACAUUAUUUAUCGUAAUUUUCGGUAUAUUAAACGAACAUAUAUAAUUAAUCAAGAGUGUUAUCGUGUAAACGCGAUAAAAAUAAUUGGUGUUAAAAAAUAAAGGAUUUUUAGUGUAUAUAAGAUUUGAGAAAAAAUUUGCAGUAGAAAGUGGCAGAUGUCCAAAGGGGCAUCGGAUGAACCAUAGGUGUUGACGGCACUGAAGCCGGCGGCGGAGUGAUUCGCGGCACUCUGUGGGGGCCCUCAGCUGUUUCCCGCCAAAGAUCGCCAUUACAAAACGCGUUCGGGCGUUGUGUGUGCGCCGCGCGGAGUGGCUGUCCCGUGGACGAAUCUCGGUGCGUGCCACCGCGGUCUAAAAAGUUAAUUAACGAGUUCCGUGGAGGAUUUGCGUCACGUUUGCGUGAAGUGUGCGCGUCGAUUUUUUUCAAGUGGAGUGCUGCGAAAGAGAGAGAAGCCCGUCGUCUUUUCGCUGCCGUGACGACGGCUGCUGGGACGGUGCGGGAUCGCGCGGCGGGAUUCUCAGUGCUGCGGACCAACGAGAUAUGUCAGUGUUUGGUGGCGAGGAUCGUAUUCUGCUCGAGGAAAUUGUCGAAACCACCGAGGAACAGGAAACCAAUUUGUGCGGCAUUGGAACAAUAGAGGAGGGCUCGGUGACCACGAGCGUGACGGUCGCCGAGGUCGCUGAUUCGCAGGAGCAACAACAACAGCAAUCGAAAAGCAACGGCGCAGUAUCUCGCCGUGUUGCUGGUCAGAACGUUGCGUUGAGCAACGGAAAUAGUACCAGCAACGUCGGCCGCGUUACACCGCGAAGCCAUAUGGAGCAGGAGAAGCGUAUGCGGCGAGAAAUCGCCAACAGCAAUGAACGACGUCGGAUGCAAAGUAUUAACGCCGGUUUCCAAUCUCUAAGGACAUUGUUGCCACAUCAUGAGGGCGAGAAACUUUCUAAGGCUGCGAUACUUCAGCAGACUGCCGAAUACAUAUACCAGCUGGAGCAAGAGAAAACCCAACUGCUGUCACAGAACUGUCAAUUAAAGAGACUGGUGAAUCAACACGAGGGUGGCGAUGUUCCGAUCAAGAAACGCAAACCGGACAAUCAAGGAGGUGUCGUGGUUAGUCUACCAAUGCACGUUAGCGAAAGCGGUGACGAAGGAUUGGGCAGCAUGUCCCCAGAACCAUUGUCGGUAAUAACGGUGACCACAGAGGGACAUUCUGUGGUCAACAGUGAGGUGGUAGAACUCAGACGACAGUUGGAAAGGGAACGUCACGCGAGGUUGCAUCUAGAGAAGCAGAUGAGAGCUAUACAGAGUCAACUGUACCCGGAAAGAUACAGGGAUAAUCAACUGAUCACUUAUCAGCCUCACGAGGUGAUUGAACAUACGGACAACGUGAUCGCUCAAGAGACAGAGGAAGCGGUAGCAGCACUGCAGGUAGUUUCCGUGGUGUCCUUGGCACCGGUUGGCACGACGCAGACCGUGGACACGUCUAGUCCGGAUCCAAGUUCACCACCCCUGUCUCCACAACCCGCCGAUAUGGUACCAGAAGAGAUCAAGGAGGAGGAGACUGGACCAGGUUCGCCGAAGAUCGUAACGUUUGGUCAGAACCAGGUGUUCUCCGCAAUUGACGAACAGACUACCGGUGACUCUUUUUCCUCGUCGAGUCGUGUCACGUACGCCACGACUACGGGGGAGUUUAAAAACGCGUCACCUCAAUAUAUCACCACCAGCCCCAGCAGGCCUUUCUCACCGGCCGCGGAGCCGCAACGACUACCAAGCGUCCUCGAGGCCGCUAUGAAAGCGGAACCGAAAGUAGAAGUUGAGAGGUUGCCGUCGCCUUCGAACUCCCUAGACGACAGUUCCCCUCAGGCGAGGCUUUAUUUAGCGAACACCUCCAGACAGAAUCUGGAAACGAUCGUGGAGGCGAUACGUCACCUGGAGGGAGACCAUCUCUUCAGCGACGAACCAGCGCAGGACAUGCCGCUGGCGUUGACCAACAAACAAACGGCGAACACGUCGAGCAAAUCAUCUACUACGCCAGGUGCGUCGCCGACGGCGAAGCAGCGGCUACUACAGGCCGAGUUCCUCCAGUUCCACAGACAGCAACAGGCCCAGCAACGACCUGGCGUGAUCGUAGUGAAGCAUUCGUGAUCAAAAGGCGCGUCGCGAUCAGCAAACUGAACGCGCGCGUUCGCCACGGCGAACUUGCCUCCGCUCGAGAUUAAUGGACGGUCGAAAACCCGCGACGCAUCGAGACAUCAAGAGACGCAUCCUUCGAAAAGUGUGUACACAGAAACACGCACGUUAAGUAACCAACUGAGAGAAUAAAGAAGAAGAAGAAGAAGAAGAAGAAGAAAGAAGGAUGUUUCUGCGACACAGUCUACGCUCGAGUCGGAGGCUCCGUUUCCUCGAAGACACUCGGGACGCCUCCUUGCGUUCGCUGUUGUAACCGCCGACCGACCAUUGUGUCGAUGUUGCUCUGUCGGCGUUUUCGUAUGUUCCUACUGCCUGUCGUCCGCCGUCGUUUCGAGCACAGAUCUGUCCCCAGUGUCCAUCGAGAUUCAAACCUGUUGUUGUUUACGUUCGAGGGAUUAAAUGAUCGUUUAUUGGUUAAUAAGUAUCGACAGAUCCAACGAGAAAGCUAUCUAACCACAUACUUCCUAUCGAUGGAGUUUGAGGUUAUGAAAAUCUCGAAACGAGGGUGGGGCCAAAAAGUCGAAGCUCGACGAAAGGAUCCUCGCCACCGAGUCGUCGAAAUGUUUCCCUCGUCCUAACCUCACUUUUCAUCGCCCAAUCCCAUCAUCAUUAUCCUCUCGCUAGUUCUUGUAAAUACCACCGAUAUAUUUUCCUCUUAGUUAGGUUCUCCAUCGUGUCCUAUUUCCGUUUUAUUUUUUUUAUUUUCUUUCUUUGUAAUAAGAACACGAUGGUGAACCCAAGCGUUUCCCUCAUUCCCAAGAAAGAUUCUUCCCUGUCCUGCUGUCAUCCCCAAUAACACCCGUAAUAGGGUUGAAUCAUUAGUCUUUUCCCAACAUUCAUCCCCUUCAUCACUUCGCGAAUCGAGACAGCGAAGCGGGCGUUUCUCUCCUCGUGUGUUAACGAGACAGGAUUUUUCAUUUUCUUUUUUCUUGUUUUUUUUUUUCCAUAGACUUAAGGCGACAUGCUACCACAAUAAUAAUUAUUCCUAGGUCGUAAGGCUGCGUAUGCUGUAUGUCGUACCGAUGUAUACAUAUGUACACACGAUAUAUACGUAUAUACAUGAGACAAUGUAACGAGUACGAUCCCCUUCCGCGAAAUGUGUAUAUACAUAUAUGUAUAUGUAUGUGUGUAUACGUAUAUAUGUAUAUAGAUAUAUAUAAUGGAUAUAUACACACACACAAACACAAACACACACAUUUGCGUUUUCUUUUUUACAUUGUUACGAGAAUUCAAAGAAAAAAGGAAAAAAAAGGAACAUUCUAUAUAUAUAUACAUAUAAAAGAUACUUAUAGGAAGCGGAUACACUCUCGACGACGCCGUACAUUCUUUUUUCUUUUCUUUUUCUCUGUUUCUUGUUUUUCUCUUUAUGUUUCUGUUUUUUUUUUUUUUUUUUUUUACGAUGUUCAUAUGGACUUAGUACCAUAUUGUUCGAGUGAUAGUUCGAUCAACAGGAUCGAUCAUACACAUUGUACGCAUACUACACGUAUAUAUGUGUAUAUAUAUACGUAUAUGUAUAUUACACAUACACGCCGCAUGCUUAAUAUUUGACACACAUUAAGAUGCACCUAAGCGAAAGAGCCAUAAAAAGAAAAAUACCGACUGUUUCCAUGAACUAAUUUAGGAAGAGAAAACGAAAAAAACGGCAGAGCGAAAAACAUAGUUAUCCAGUCGAAGAGUGAUCUCGUCGCACGAGAGAGCACACGCGAGCAAGAAAUUCCGUUUAAUCUGUGCCAAAUAUCGAGUAACCAGACUUUUUGUUCCUUCGUAGAUAGUAGUAGUGCCAGCGACGAAAAACAGAAAAUUGGUAGACCUGGCGUUCGAACCAAAAUGGCGGCGAUUAGCCGCUGAAACGAUGAUCGUUCACUCCCUUCUCGCAAAUCGUGUCUGGCAUGCAUAUUACGACACUCGAGCUCGCGAGGCAGACUUUUUCUACCGUGUGUACACUUUUUUAAUAUUCACUUGUUCCCCUAACCUCAAUCGCGAGACGAAAAUUCGAAAAACCAAAAAAACAUAUAAUAAAAAAAUGACAAAAAAAUAUAUACAUGUAUAUAUAUUGAAACGCAGAAGGCUGAAACACUGGGAGCAAUCACCAUCAACACUGCUUCGGUGAUCCUCGCAACAAUACUUUCCCCCCCAACCAUUUUUGUACGUCGAACGAAGCACGAUGUUUUUAGGUUAAGAAACUUGAGAGAAGCGAGCCAUGAUUUCUUCGUGCCUUUUGAAGGGAAGAACGAUCUAUUCGAUUGGAUCGAACGCGAUUUAAAUACCGAUCAAUCAAAUAUUGUAGAACUUUGUUUAUCUGAAAGCUAAAGUUAUUCAUGGAGGAAAUAAUGUGCAUAUAUAACAAGAGUCUAUACUAUAUAUGACAAAGCCAUAUUGAUCAUCUGUAUAAAUUGAAAAGUAGUAGAGAAGAGUUACGAUGUUGCAGAUACUAUUUUUUAAUCUUACUUUAGAAUUUAUUAUUAUUUUUGUUAUCUCUUUGCAAUAAAUGACCUUGUGAAAGUAAGUCAUUUGUUUCUUGAGAAUUGAAUAUUAAUCAUGUAGUCAUGUAAUGAAACUGAGAAAUUGAUAAAAAGUGGUGCUGAUCAAUUUGGCUUAUGAGGCGCUUAAUAAAAGUUCAUAUUCAGGAUUCUCUUGCACAAUAAUUUAUCAUUAAUAUUAAUAAAAUUAAUAAAUUGACAAAUUAUGACUUUUAUGUGGUAGACUUCUCUUUUAUAGACACAUGUUAAAUAGGAUAAGCAAAUGACUUGUGAUUUGUAAAAGUUCAUUUAUUUUAUUAUCAAAAGAACUUAUUAAUACUGAUAAUUAGUAACUUAUGAUUAGGAAAAUGUCAUUAAUAAUACUAAUUUCAUUGUGCAAGAGGGACCAAAUAACCAAUUAACAAAAUUUCAUUUCAGUAAAUGAAGUUCUACUAUAUAAACAGACACACAUGCAUUCAUUUGAGUUAAACGCGUCUCUCUCUCUCUCUCUCUCUUUCUCUCUUUCUCUCUCGUUUUACGUUGCAUCUUUUUUUCUUAACCCUAGAAAAAUAAACACGGACUGAAUUACCGACAUAACGCAUGCGUCUAGUUAUUUUUUUCUAUGUCUCUUUUCUUUCCAGAUCGAAACAGUGGAUCCUUUCGAUCGCCAUUCGAUAUACCGACACACGGUUUAGUUUUCCAUGCGAUGAAGAUACGAGAGAGUGUGUAUGUAUUGAGUUUUGAGCGAAUAUGUAGUAUGCCUAUCAUCGAGAGGAAUUUCAUUGUUAGAUAUACAUACACUUGUGUUUGUAAGUACAUAAGCAGAAGGCAGACGCAGAAAGAAUUAUGAAAUAAACGAGAAUGAAACACUGGCGUAAAAAUUAAGAACUUUAGUUAACGUUUAGCAGCUAGAGAGUACGUAGGAAUUGUUAGCAGCGAGUACACAAUGAAGAUACAACCAUGUUAUUAAUAUUGUCUAUCGGUAUGAUAAAUGUGAACGCUAAUCCGUAAUUGUACUGUGUGUAUAUACUAUUAUAGCGAUGUUACGUAGGUUAUACACGUGAUUAUCUAAGGCCAACAUUAAAAAGCUUGCAAUGGAGAAGAAGAAGCAUAACGAAAGAGAGAAGAAGAAAGAAAAUGGAAGAGAGUUUCAGUUUCUCGUACCUGACGCGACAACUUUUUCUAUUACGCGUUCAUCGUUUUUCUACGAUUUUCAACGCCGCUAUUUCCACGUUUUUCACACUUCGUUCGCCACGAAAACAUUUCGUGUCGCGACAGGUACGACGAGACCAUUUAUAUAAAGAUAGGGUUAACCUUUAAAAUUCCACGAUGAAAGUGUAACUAAUGGAACUUUGAUAUAUCGUACCUUCGAGGAAUUAAGAUAAACCUUGUUCAAGGGUAAUGUACAAAAAUCUCGCGGUCGAUGUUCGCGCGAGGACGCACGAGGGCCUAAGAAGUCGAGAUACGAGAUUUCUUCGAUCAUUUUCAUCUUUUCUUUCCUUUCCUAAUUUUUCUUUUUUCUCUGACGUGGAAAAAGAUAAUUCGACGAUUUCUUCGGUAAAUUUCGUCAGUCGUUUUUUCGAGAAUGAUUUUAUACGAUUGUAAUAGCGUGUAUGCGCGCGAUCGAUCUCCCCUCUUUCGGCUCUGAAUGCGUGAUCACGCGUACGCGACACUUUCGUUUUCUCGUGUUUCUUGCUACUCGAUAACGUGCGUUUUGAUAAUUUAAUCAAAUCACGAAUAAAAUAUGAACAUGAAUAUUACAAACUAAAUUGUCAACGUUUGUCGUGUCAAUAAUAUUUUUUUAAGUUUUAAUAAAUCAGUGUUAUUUAAACAAUAUUUCACACUUUUUUUUAUUAGAAUAUUUUCUUCUCUAUGAACACUCACUUAAUGAUGUCUCUUCGAAAUAAUAAAUUGCAAGCGAAUUAUUUGGAAAAGACAGCCAUUAAUUUUUGUGAAAUUCAGGUUUGCGAAAACUUCUUCGAAAUGAUAAUUAUUGAAAGGAUAUUGUAUCUUGUAGCAAGGAACACUUGUAAUUUAAAUAUUCGAGCGCUUCCAUAGAUUAUGGAAAAGCUUGUACAAUGUAUACGAGAAUGUUGCGCGCAUACAUUGCGUCUAAAUGUAAGAAAGAAGCAGUGACGAAUCUAGAGUACACGCGAGAAAACUACAUAUGCUAUGCAUACGCAUUUACACAGCUUACUUUGCGAGCAUUUAGGGGAAAAAGCCUUAACCUUCCUAAGGCUUCGUGCGACUCGAUCAAAUUUCGUUUUCUCUCGAGCCAUACUUGUUCGAAUGUUAUUAAAAAUCUAAGAAUUUGAGAGAGAAUGUACUUGUUAUAUCUUUGGCGAACAAAUGCAGGCCUGAUUUAAUUUUAUUUCGUUUAUGACGAAACGAAGUUCUUAGGAAUGAUAAGAGCCACGGUGAAGAGUACGGUGAUGAGUAGACUGCGGACUUUUAUGAGAAACUAUGGUUUUAUAAACACAACUAAAGAAACAGAAUUCACUUGAUUAAUGAACUUCAUUGGUAGAGAUUUGUUUUAUGUAUUGAAUUAUUGAUAUGUAUUUUAUAUAUUUUUGCAUAUAUUAUAUGCAUUCUGUGCAUUUUUAUCUUUUGCAUAAAUGCAUAGAAAUCCGCGGUCGGAUGAUAAACAAAAGUAUUGGCAUAGAUCAGCUUAUUUUGUAAACUUUUAUGUGGGUUUGUAAAAGACAUGGUUCUUUGUUUAUUUUUUUGUAAAAUAUAAGGAGCAAGAGUUGCAAAGUUAUGAUAUUUAAUUUUGCCAUAUUAAUUGUACCCAUUAAGGACAAAGCAACGAAAUAAAGUUGCAAGAAUGCAAUAUUAUUGGAAGACACAAAUACAGUAAUUUAUUGUUUUAUGAAGAUAAAAGAUACGUAUUACAGUAAUAAAUAUUAUAUGUGUGUAUACUAUAUAUAUAUGUAUACUAUAUAUAUAUAUAAGAAAAAUCAGAGUAAAAACAGAUCGUUACAUAUUUUUCAUUAUUUGCGAGGUAAUUUCGAUACAGUUUCUUAACAAUAGCGAUGAAAACAUAUUACAAACAAGUUUUGCAGGUUUGCACAGGAUUAUUAAAAUCUGGUCUGUGCCAAUAUUUUUAUUCAUUACUGUAUAUACAGACUAUAACUUGAUGAGUUGGUGUAUGGGUGGGUCUAUCAUGCGUUUCUUCCCUGUAAUAUAUUUCUCGUAAAGUCGGUUCGCGGCAAAAAAACGCGUUGACGUGUAUUUUGCCCGGUGUUUGACAAAAAGCGCUUUGAGGAAAAUCAGAUUUCGAUUAUUAUAUCCACUCUAUGCUAUUAAAUAAUUAUAAAAUAAAACAUUAACGAUUACAAUAUUUAGUUAUACUUGUACGUUUGAAAGGAAUUACUUAUAAUUAUGAAGCCUAUGUAUUAUGAAAAUAGUACUCUUUUAUCCAUUUAAAUUUCGAUAUACAAUAUACACGUAGCAAUAGGAAUUUCUGAUCCAAUUAAACUUUGCAAAUCCGCAAAAAUGUUAGAGAAAAAAUUUUUAACUUUGUUACUAUCAAUAGCGAUUAAUUUAUUUUUUAUUUUUCCAUUUUGGAAUACACGUCAACGUCCUCGGAUAGUUACGUUUAAAUGUGUUAUCGAUUUACAGCUUUUAAUAAUUGAUGAAACAAAUACUCGGAAACAAAGGAAAUUCCUCCAAUUUUUACCAUAAAUGUUUUUUAUUCUACCAUUUACACCGCAUACAAAGUGAAGAUCUAACAAAGAAGAUAAACUAUAUAACAACGCAAGAACAAAUAAAGAAUGCAGAAAAAUAUAGAAGAAAUGACGGACUUUUGAAUGGCGUUUCAUUGAACCUGUUUUUAUACAUUGCUGCAUUUCUUCACUCAAACGAAGAAACGAUAUAAAACGAUAUACACAGAUAGACAGGAAGAUAGAGAAGAGAAUAUAGAAACAUUUAAAACGCCACUUUAGAAUUCGAUAAUUCCCCUGGUAAGAAAGAAGAAAAUAAAUAAUAUAAAUUAUACAUAUAAAUUCACGAAACAAUGGUUGCUAUAUCUUCAUUACACUUUAACAUUACUUAGUUAAAAGAAUCUUAAUAAGAAAAACAAAUAAAUGAAAGGAUUAAAUUAGAGGUAAAAUACGAAGAGUCACCAUAAUAGUUUAAUUACUAUUAUGAAGAAAAAGAAAAAACAGGAGGAAAGAGCAAGAGAAACGAAGAUGAAGAAUAAAAUAAGAGAAAAAGAAAAAAGUAGUGGAGAAAAGGAAAAGAAGCGACAAAGAAGAAAAAGAAUCCUUUUAACAUUUAGGCGAGCGUGGCUGUGCGAGCGAUUAUGAAUUAAUUAGAGGAAGUUUAAUGUUAAGGCUAAUUUCGAUUUGUACUUUUUUUGCGGCAAAUGGCGACUGAAAGCUGUUCCUUGAUCGUCCACUGCGAAUACAAAAUGAACGAUUAACUGUCUCCUGGGAAUAAAGAAAGCAAACGUUUCUUUUUAUAUUCUUCGUCGUAACAAAUAUAUAUUAGAAUUUUAAUUGAUAAAAAAUACACCACUCAACUGAUACGUACGAUUAAUCUAUUUGAUGUUAACGUAACUUUUGUCUGUCACUUUGAUUUCAAAUGUCUCAUUUAAAGAAAUUCGAGUUUCUAUUGAAGUUUUAAACGAGGACGAAGGAUAUUAAAUCGAUUCGUGUGCUUUUGAGUGUUCUCAUCUCUCGAAUAAGUAAAUGACGUUGAUAAUGAGACUGAAAAUAGCUCGAGAGAACGGAGUGCCUCUGAUAAAUCGAUCGAGCAUCGUAAUUAUUUUUCUAUCACACUUUCGGUCGCCACGGGCCCAAAAUCGAGGAAAAGAAAGAAGCACUAUGCAUAUUAUAAAUCCUAGAAUGUUAAAAUGGCGGCCACAACGUAUUGCGUGUGUAAGGUUAAUAAAAAGAUGUAUGUGAAUAGCGUUAAAGAUUGCGAAUUUGUUGAGAAAGGAGCGUUAGGAAUAUAGGAGAGAAUAGUGUGCGUGAGAGUUGAAGUACACUUAGUGGAACAGCGCAUAAGCAAGAUGAAUAAGCGUUAGGUUCAAAGGAAUUCUCGUUUUUUGAGAAUAGACCUGAAUAACAGAAUUUAGAGAUAAAUUCUUCGAGAAGACAUUCGUUUAAGGUGAGAGAGAGAAAACGGCGGUUUGGUUGUUUUCUUUUUCUUUUCUUUCCUUUCCUUUUCCGCCUGUUUAACGUGUUUUAAUCUGUAGGAAAAUCAGAAUGUUUCUUUCUUGAAUUUUACGAAGACAAACGAAAAAAACGAAACAACAAGGAAAAAUACAGUUCUUUUUUCUCUUCUUAUUGAGUUAAGAUUCAAAUUAAAGACUGUAUAAGACUUUAUACAGAUGCGGUUUUUCGAACAGCGUUCGACAAUAUUCGUGCAUUUGAUCGGCCGAUGAAUCAAAAUUAAUUUUGAUCCUCUGUUAAAUUAGACCUAAACACAUAGUACUAUAGUAAGUUGAGCACAUCUAGAGUCUCUAAAAAGUAAUUUUUUUCUCAAUAAAUUAAUUUAAAUAAAAAUUAAUAAAUCUUUUCGUAUCAGUGGCAAAGGAACACGUUUACUCGAUGUUUAAUGGAAAUGUUUGGAACUUAAAACAGAACAAUUGAUAAAGACAGGAACGUGAAAAGAGAAAACAGAGGGAAGAAUUGAUGGAACAAUUUUAUUGACUUUGAGAUCGAUGAAAACCAUGUACCUAAUUAGUUCGAAGCGCCGUCCAAUUAAUCGUUCAAAUAGAAACGAGAAGAAUGGGUGGAAGAUUACAAGCUUUCGCGAAGCGAACAUUGUAACAGUAUUAGUCUUUUUUUCUCUGUUCUUUACGAUUAUUUCACGAAUGUAAAUUGAAAAACGACAUGGAAUAAAAGAAUUUGAUUUAAAUGGCGGUGAUACCUCGAUUAUGUAGCGGCUGACAAAUUGGCGGCUAUUUUUUUUCGUAAGUUUCGAACGUUGAAGAAUGUCUAGUCGUUAGAAGCUGAUAUGCGUGAUAAUUAAUUUUAUUUGCUCAGAAGAAAAUCGAGAAGAAAUCCAUUAUGAUCGAGGUUUCAUCGUUUCAUUUUCGGGAGGCCCUCGAACAUCGACUUAUUGUUGAAACGAAAUGGAAGAAAGAUUAUAUGAUCUUAAAUACAAUGGACAACAAAACAGAAAACAAUGAAAGGAAAGAAGAAAAUGUUCCUCAAGUUCAAGCUACGUUUGCUUCGUGCGUCUGCAUUCCCUCGUAAAAAGAACAAAUUGAAGAAACGAAAACAGAGAUGAAACAAAUUAGACGAAAACAGAUAUGAAUCACGAAAGAAACAAGAGAAAGCCGACAAAGAAAAUGAGGAACGUCGCAACGCGCCGCAAAUUCCGUCUAUAUAAAUACAUGAAACAUUGAGAACAAAAGUGAGCUAGCUCGAUAAACCAAGCAAUUCUAAAUAACCUAACAAUAAUCGUUAUUAAAAUAGUAGUAAGCAUAAAAUGUGCGUUGCAUCGACGAUUUCAUUAUUUGGCUUUCAUUUUGAACAAAUGAAUUCCUAAAUGAAUUAAUGUCAUAAGCGACACAUUAUGGAAUAUUAAAAAGUUCGCAAUGAAAAGUUCGUUCAUCAAAAAUUGAAUGGUCUACGAUAUUAAGAAGAAUGCGAAAUCCACUUUUGUUUCCAAUGUUUCGAACAAAAACAGACUGCCAUUGAUUCGAAUGUACUCGUUUUGUAAUCAAUUCGUAUAAAGAGAAGAAACAAACUGUGUACGACGGAAAGGGAGAGAACAAUGAAUGAGUGUCCGAGAACGCGUGAAACCGUUCCGAUAAUUACUAUUCACAUUUACUCUCACUUGCAAAUUCACUUAAAUAACAUUUUCAAAAUAUUCCUACAUUUAACUCCAACUUUACUUUCUCUUCCUUCUUUUUUAUAUGAUAUUUUCAUUUCAACUCAUCGACACGAUAGAAAUUGUAAUUUUCUUGCAUUUCUUUUUUCUUUGAUAUCGUGGUGCGUAACUUAUUAAUCGUCGAAAUUUCAGGGCGGAGCUUGUAAAAAUAAAUCAUUGUUCCAAGCGACGAACUCUAAUUUAUCAUAGAUUUAUAUAGAACUAUACUUUUAAAAGCUGCGAUUUAUAAAUUAUAAAUAUAUUAGAGAGAAAACGAUGUUUCUAACGGACGAUUUUCUUUUUUUCUGUUUUGUUUUGUUUGUAAUCGGUUUUUGUUUUCGAGAAGAUUCUGCGAUUCCUUGUAGCUAUAGGAAGAUUUUUAUCGAUGUAAUUUUGUUGAUUAAACUAUCGAAACAUUGAAUGGACGAACGUUUAAACGAGAGAUCGCACAGCGGAGAGAAUACUGUUCGUUCUGCCUUCUUUUUUUUUCUUUCCUUUUUGUAAUCUAGGCCGUAAUCCUUAAUUUUAUUCUAGAAUUCGUAAGGUUUAUUUUGUAAUCGAUCACGAAAAAGAACGUUCUUGAUUUUUAUUUAUUUCUUUCGAUACUUCUGUUAAAUGUGUUUCUUCUUUUAUCAAAUGUUCACGUAAAAGGAAAAAAUGAGAAAAAAUAAAUUCGCAAUGGUACAGCGCUAUUCUUUUCUAAACUUUCUUCCUUCUUAAUUUUUGAAUGAGAACAUUCAAUAAGAUAUUGGAUUUCGCUUGCUAACAGUCAAACAAUGCGAUAUUGAGUUAACCAAAUCCGAGAUAAAAAAUAGAAUUGUGAAAUAACGAAGUAAGGUUAUCAACAUUUAAAUGUUUCUUCAAUCUUAAUACAUCUUUAAGUUUAUUAUCCAUAUUCGAAUAUUCAUCGUUUACAGAGUGACUUUCACUCAAAAUUUGUCGGACAGCAAUUGUUAAAAUGUAUCACGAAGACGACUUUGUUUCGUGUAAAAGAUCGAAAACUUCAAAUUUACAGUAUUCUUAUCGAUGUGUGGGUUAACAAAGUGUCGAUUUCUGCGGGAUAAUAAAUAAAUUUUUUCGUAAAUUCUACUAAACUAAAAAGAAAAAAAAAAAAAGAAAAAACAAGAAAAACGAAAAAAAUGUGGAAAGAGGUGAAGAGUGUGCGUGCGUGUAUGCUCGGAGAUUUAAUUACCACGUUCGAUGAUCGAUAAAACGCUAUCUAAUUUACACAGGGCAUUUAGUGCCAACGACCGUUACGAAUAAGCAGUUACGAAUAAUAAACCGUAAUUUGAUAAUAAUUAAUCGUGUCGUUUUAAGAAUAGAGAGAAUGGAUCUAGUGAAUUUUUACAAGAAACGCCGGACUCUGCGCAUAUCUAGAAAGACUGUCGUUUUGAUCAUCCUGAAACGGAAUAAAAAUCAUGAAGAUCAACCGAAAAAGAUAAUUAAAAUGGAAUGGAAACUUGUUAUCUGUAAUUUGCCGAGAAAGACCAACUUUUUGUACAUUUUACAGAGUUUUUGAUAGCUUGUAAGACGGAUAAACGUGGAUGUUCUACCUUACCCAUGCAAACACGACGAAUUUUUAUUCGAUAUGGAAAUAUUCUAAAAUUUGUCCAAUGGUUUUUAUUCUUAACAAACAGGAAUGAAAAAUAUAUAUAUGAUGAUGACUAACUUGGCCCUGCGUUAGCCCGGUGAAGCGAAAAAUAUUUUUGACAAAUAGCAUCAAAUUUACUUUUUCAAAUAAUUCCUAAUAUCAGAUUUAAUAUCUGAUACAAAAUUAAUUAAUUAUUUUAUAAAAUCAUUUUAUUCUCUUUUAUUCUCUAUUAUAGGAAAAUUAUCUUUCAUAUUUUUAUUAAUAAAAAUAUCAAAUUUUUUACUUUAAUGAAAAUAUGAAAAUAGUAUGAAAAUAUAUUCAUUAAACGUUUAAUUAAGAUAUUGUAAGAACACGGGUUAACGCAGGUCUAAAGUAAUCUUUUCUACGAGUUUCUUAAAGUCAUACACAAUUCACCGCCCUAGUUUUAAAUUGCACAUAACAAAUGUAUCUCUGAUGACAAUGUUAAGUGCCUAAUAUCGCAGCUCGCACUCGAUGCGACAAGAACGUCACGUUCACGUGUAUUUCUGGCAAUGUAUUAAGUUGUCCCAAAAGAUUCUUUCGUUUUAUAAGGAAAUAAUAGACGCACUACAUUUUUUCUUUUAUAUUAUUUUAUUGAAUUAUGUAUGAUCCAUUUUGUCCUAUUAUUUCCGUAUAAAACGAAAGAAACUUUUAAGACAACCUAAUAUUACAUCAAAUCCACCAACUUCGAUAUACAUAUAUUUUAACAAGUUCCGAACAAAUCUCUUUGAGGGAAGAUAUAAGAUAUACUAAGCAACAUCGUUUCCUUUUUCACUUUAAAAAUUCAAAUUGCCAAAAAUCACGUCCACGCAAGCUUGUCAACGUUUUAAAAGCCUGUUCGUUUCAUUCUCAACAGAACUGAAAAAAUGAUGCUACGUUCUUAUGGAUCGGUAACAAUCAAUCAAAGAGAUUCUUUUCCUCAAGCACUUUUGAACGACAAGCUCAGUGAAGUGCAAUCAAUCGAUAGACACGAGAGAUCGCAAAGAUUGUCGAGUUGCGUUUUCCAGACAACUCGUGCGGCAACGAAACAGUUGAAAAUUCAAACAGAUCCGAGUCAAUUCAAACACGUAAUUACGCAUAAAUAAAAAUUCAUGAACAGAUGAAAAUUAAAAAAAAAAAAAAAAAAAAAGAAGAGAAAUGAAGGGAUGGAGGGAAAUCGGGAAAGAACAAUGUAACUCUCUAUAAAGUAAAUUAAAGUAACUCGAUUACUCUACCAAGGUUGAAUUUCCAAUAAGCAUCAGACGUACACGUUCACUGCUUUCGACUAGACACAGUUACUGUAUCCCUCUGUACAUGGGAAAUUUUCUGCAAGCAUAAGACGCGUGCUUCGGUUCCACUAAACGCAGCUCGCUUAACCCAAUAUGAACGUGAAGCAUUUAUUUCUUCAUGCAUUCGUUAUUUAGUGUAUCGUUGCGUAGCAAAAAAAAAAAAAGAUUCUUUAAGUAUAAAGAAAGUGAAACACAGUUUUAAAACGAGUCGAACGUACUACUCUAUUAUAUCGCUAUAAAUGCGUCUGUCGCGUAUGUCAGACGUACGCGUCUGACGCUUAUAGGAGAUCGCGCCUUUAGAUAGCCGAUCGUUAAUUUAUCUUUUAUUUAUAUAGGCGUAGACUAACGUGAGAUUGUUGUAAAUGUUCGAUUUCGUUCUCUCGCGUACUUCUGUCCAUCGAAUCUUAUUGUUUGAUGAAUAGCGCGUAUAAAUUCACUGUGCUCGCUGAGAAAAUAUGGGAAGAAAGCGAAAACGACGUGAAAUGUAAAUGCACGCGUGAAACAGCGAAGAUUCAACGGGGAUCGUUAAUUAGAUCGGGGAAAUAAGUUGUUUUAUCCCGAGAAAUCGGUUGAUCUUAUAAGAAAACGAAGAAUCAAUUUUUUUCUCACGGAUUUUCUAUUUCGAUGUCUAUCGCAAAAAUCGACUCGUGGUAAUCGAGGACGAUUAACGCGAUUUGUUCGUUCGUUUUUCGAAUGAAUUCGUCGGAACGAAAGAGAAAUCGUGGAUGAGAAGGCAGAUAGGAGAUGUGAAGAAUAAAGAAACUUCUUGGGUGAAACGAAUUAACGACAUAGAGCGUAAACGUUGAGAGCGCGGAUAUUCUAAGCUGCUCGUAGUUAGAGAAAAGGAAAAAAAAAAGAGAAUUUAAAGUUUUAAUAGAAAACUCGCAGAACGAGUCGAUGCUCGUACGAGCAAGCAGGGGAUGAUAGAUUUAACACUAGAACUAUCAAACUCGUCAGGAUCGUGGAUUUUAGUACUUUUGUCUUUACAAUCUUGUGUUUGCAAAAUUUGUUCACUUUCAACAACUUGUAUUUUAGUUUUCUCAGUUUUAAAGGCUUAAAUGUGAAUUUUUCCAUUUCUAAAGAAUUGAAAUGCUCAUUUUUAUUAAGAUAGAAACAUAAUCUCGUAGAUAUAUCUAUUUACUUUUAUUGUGAAAUUGAAAUAUAUGUAUAUUAGAUUGUAAUGUAUUUAAACACAGAUAUAAAUCGGUAGUUCUAUUGUUAAAAACGGAUAUUUUCUUUGAUUUUCAAAGGAUCUUGCUUAAACUAAGUCAAGCGAUCCUUUUUGUUGAAAUAUAAUUUAACUAAUUAAUGUAAACACGUCUACUAGAUUUUUAAUCGAUGCAUUUCUUCCAAUUAAGCGAAAGAGAAGAAAGCUUACCGAAAGUGACGAAUAAGAAAUUCUAAUUUAUUUCGUACAGUCGUUAUUUAUUUAUUUCUACGGACUCUCGUCGAUAGACUGCGAAUGUUUAUGCAAAUUAACAUUUUUAUAAACAUGAUCGAAGGAAGCGAAAUGAAAGUUAGUUUCAGUCGCAAAAUACUACAGACGACUACAAGAGAAAAGCAUAAAAGUAUAUUUCCCUUGACUUUUUUCAUUUCAUUUGUCACUUACAAUUAACUAAGAUAGUCAAGUUAAAUUAGAUUCAGAGACGCAAGUUUUCUGACAAUAGGCGAUCAACUUACGAAAUUUUUAAAGAAUUUUGUAGAUUCAAACGCAUAAAUAUCCACAGUCUGCUCAUCUAUCGUCACGCGAUUGUUAGUCGUUUUAGUAAACACUUUAGGGAAUAAGAUAACACGCGUUACUUGGCAUAAUUUGUUCUAUUGAAACGAGCUCUAAUGACUUCCAACGUGAAGAUCUAUUCCGGUCAUCAAAGUAUUAAGAAAGAAAGAUCGUCGAAUCUUGUAAUUCGACGUAAAUGAAUAAAAUAAAAAAGGGAAAAGAAUAGAAAAUCGAAGGUUUUCUAGAAAACCAGAGACAGGUUAUUAAAAAACGGCGUUCCUUCUUUGAACUUUGAUUAAAGAAAAGGAAGAAAGAACGUGAACUUAGAUAGAACUAGGCGUGCGUACGGACGAAAAUGAAAUAUGUGCGAGAAAUGGGGCGAAAGAAAGUCGUGUAUACUUGUGUCUGCGUGUACGAAUUGUGAAAAAGAAAGGAAAAGAGAUAGAAUGGUGUAUUCUAAGCGUCGUAAUAAUUAAGGAUGAAAAAAAAAAACGUAAAAAAUAAAAAAGGUAUGAAAUAUACGACUGCACUGGAGCGACUCGAGCGAAUCGCGAAAAACUGGCCGACUUUGUAUCUCGUUUUUCCACUUUAUUUAACUCUUCCAGGCUUCAGGUGACGACACAUGUUAUUUUAUAAAUAUUUAACAGAUUAGAAUUAAAUUGGAUAAAGUAACAAAUGAGAAUAAAAAAAGAGUGCAAAUCAUGAUGAUAACCGAUUAAAGGUUAUCGGCUGAUUAAUAAAUCGCGUAGCGAAAUGAAGUUUUGCAAGCUGGAGAGCGAGAUGACGGCGUCACAAUGAUCCUCGGAAGAGUUAACUUACAUUUGGCGAUUUCGAAUUCGCUCAGGUCGACCGAUAGGGUUAAGAUGUACUUGGUUACUAUAUCGACGACUAGAAAAAAUAAAAACGUCGGAGAAAGCUCGGAGCGGAUGUUUCGUGCAGACGCAACGAGUUCGAAGACCGAUCGUUUCCAAAGAGCCGCCAGGCGGUGUUUGAAACGUUUAAAACACACCUAGACUUAAAAAAAGAAGAAGAAAAAGAAUUAAUUAGAAAGGUAGAAAUAGUUGAUAAAAGCAAGAAGACGACUUGACUUAAGGCAUGUGUAAAAGACACGCGAACCCUUGCAAGCUCGCGUAGGAAAAUAACUAUUCGAGAAUAAUAUAUUAUCUUAUCGGAUAAUAUAUUAUACCCUUAUAUGAAAGAUAAUUUAUUAUAUUAAAUAAUGUAUUAUUAUAUAAACGGCGAUGAAACGUUGCACCAUGUCGAUCAGCAAUAAAGAAAAUUAGACGAGAACAAGAGAAAAAGAAGAAUCGAGCGUUGCCUGUAUUCUUGUUUUUCAAAUCGCGCGCUGUUUUCGUUGCGCGGUAAAUACGAAAUGAAAAAUGUGAAUCGUGAGACGUAGACGAGUUAGAAAUAGAAAAAAAAGAAAAAAAGGGGGCAUCGAAAUAAAAAUAAUGAGAUAACGAAUGACACAGGUGAAAGUGCAAUGUUUUAUUGUUAAACUCGACUCGCGCGAUGCACGGAACGCGCCACACGAGCGGAAAACACUUUGAGAAAAAAUGUCUUCAUACUAUUUGCAUAUUGCUUUAUUGUUAUACGAACAUUGUAACGAUACAUUAUGAUUAAAAGUAAAGGAAUAUUAACCCGGCGGUAUCGAUCGAUUCUACCGGCGGUUUUAAGUCGUGUCCAAGAAAUUACUGUGUGUAUUUUGCCGAAAUAUUUUUCACGCGAAGAUACGAGGCUCGACUUUUGUCUCUCGACACUUUCACGCUGUCUUCUCCAUUCUGGUAUUCAAAUAAUCUUUAAAAUCUGUUUACUGAUCGUCUUUUUUUAUGUAGUUGCAAGAUUUAAAAUUUUAUGUAUGAAAACGUAAUUUCACUUCGAAUUUUUAAACUUACAUUUGAAUAAAAAAGUUUCAAAAAUAUGUAGGGAGUUGAGACUGUAAGAGCAACUUCUGGAAAAUGAAUUUUAUUCGAAUGAAGAAAUAAAAGUCGGAAGAAGGAUAUACGCAGAGUGUGAGAAGUACGAACCUCGUGAACCUCCGUCAGGAAUUCCCUCAAAUGACUGCACUGGUUAUGCUCACGCAUAGAAUUUUGCCGCUUCCCCGAGAGGACUCGCUUUAAAACCGCCAGUACGUAAUUCUAGCUAUUACGCGAGAUACGUUCACAUAUUUACAAAGGUGGAGCAUUUUAAUUCAUAGGUAAAAACGGAAACGUUUUACUUUCCCUUCUUUUUCUACGUACUUUGUAUAUUCCCAGAAUAACCAUCCAUUUAGAACGACGGUAUGUAAUUAUGGACUAAAAAAAAAAAAAAAAAAAAGAGAAUUAUUACGACUAAAACACGUUCAUUUUACUGUUAAUCAACCAGAUUUUAUUGAAUCGAACGCGUUGAUGUAAACGACGACUAAUUUGUCGUCGUCAACGUAAUGAUCUUCGUAACGAUGUGACUCAAUUUAAUUUUCCGGACUUAACCACCCCCUGUUCUUGUUCAAAUGCAUAUGCACGUCUGCAUACAAACGGAAUCACGCGUACUAUGAACGAGACAAGAAAAAAUGAUCUCAACAGGAAAAUAGCCGCCUCAAACUUUCGAAUGCUUUUUCACUCCGAUUUCUUCCGUUAAUUCUCUACUACAUUUUAGAUUCUAAAGGAGUUUCUCUUUAGAUUCUAAAAGAGAAAUUUCCUUUCUCGAUCAACGAAAUAGAAUUUGUAUCUUUUAUUCGUAAGUAAUCAUUGUCGAUGAUCUUUUACUAUAUUUUUCGUUUUAUUUAAUAUUUCCUAUUUUUUUUUCUUCCUUUUUUUUUAUAUUUUUCAUGCGAUAGAAUACGCGUUUUGAGAGAUGCCGAAGACUGGUAAUAAAUACAAAAUCGAGUCGCAUCGUUUCAUCGACAUUAUUAUCGUCGUAAAGAUAACGUAUAGUAAAACCUCGCAAAUCUGUCGACGUUGGUGAAGCAAUCAACCGGUUUCUUAGAGACUAUAGAGAGGCAAGGGAUUGCGCCAAUAGAGAAGUACAAAUUAUUAAAUGGAGAGAGAGAGAGAGAGAGAGAAAGAGAGAGAGAGCGUGAGAGAAGAACCGUAAAAAUGCGAAAUAAAAUCAAUCAUUCGAGAAUGAGAUAAUUGUGACCAAUAACGAGUGAGGUGUAACGUCUGAUUGUUUAGUUUCAUCGCUUUUUAUUCAUUACCUUUGAUUAUAUUAUUGCUUGUAAUAAUUCAUUCGAGAUACCUUGAAUACAAAAAGUAAUAAACAAUGUUAGCCCGUC